CAAUGGCUUGGCUACGUAGACUCUGGCACGGCGUGAUAUAAGAUACCCCACCUACGCCGCGGCCGCUGAUUGGCGUUACGCAGGUACCCAGCUAAUAUUUAUUUCCCCAUUAGCCGUGGCAUCUCAUUUAUCCACGCCGCAUCUCGCUGCAGGAUCUAACGGGUCGCACACGGCGGAGUCUUCUACCAACUCUCCACAGAAAAGCAGGUGGGGCUGAGAAAAUGCGAAGAGGUUUGCUGCUCGUGACACUGUUCCUCAUCAUAAAACCUCGGUACAGUCAUUCCAGAUGCGAGGAGCCAGGGUCGAGCAGAUCAACUUUAGACCAGACGGAGGGGUCGGACAAUCUCAGGCGCAACAUCCUGAAGAGGUACAGCGAUUUGGAUUAUGACAGCUUUGUGGGUCUGAUGGGCAGAAGAAAUGCGGAUGUAAAUGCUGUGCAGUCACCACAAAAAAGGGAAAUGCAUGACAUUUUUGUUGGUCUCAUGGGAAGGAGAAACUCAGAGCCUGAUAAUGGUCCCUGGAGGAGAGACUAUCCCGAGAGGAGAGGCAUUUUUCUCAACAAGUGCAGGCUGAGGUUUCUUCAGGGACUUUAGAUGUUGAGACUGAAGCAACUCUUUUCUUCUCAUCUGGCGACAAUGACACAAGAUCUCAAAUGCACAAUGAAUUAAAUGUCUAAUAGAAAAAUCAAAACCGAUGUACUUUAAAUUGUCAAUCUCCAUCUGUCUUAUAAAAGUGAUCAUACACUACAGAUCGCAUUUAUUUUCUUUGAAAGCAAAACUUUAGAAACAUAUUUCAUUGUCAUUUUAUUCUUUUUCUUCAAAAUAAACAAUUUUGAUACAUAA